ACGUGCCACGCUUCCCUCCCAUUUGCGUCUCACAGUCACAGUCGAUCUGUCGUCUAGUCGUCCGUCUCCAUCUCAACCUCUUGCCGUUCUGAGCCUCGUAGUGUCUUGUCUCGUCUGAUCGCAGCCUAUCAGCUUAUCGUCUUAGCCAGCGCCACCCUCAGUCUCUGCCUCCACUUUUUGGACCAUUUGAGGUACGUAUUGAGGCCUUAUAUUCAAGACCGGAAAGAGUGGAUUCUUUGUGAAGAAAAAUCCAUCUAUUGCAUCUUAAAGCUAUUGAUAUUUUCUCAUAAUCAUUAUCCAGGACACUCUAAAGGACCUCAAAACAUGGGAUCAUACGAUUUGACUCUCUUGAUUUUUCUAGGUCCGAACUCCCACAACUCCUCUCUUCUAAUUCUGUCCUCCUAAGCCGGAGUCUAGAGAAAUGUUUGAUCCUAUGUCUUGAGGCCCUCAAGAGUGUCCUUGGUAAUGAUUAUGAGAAAAUAUCAAUAGCUUUAAGACGCAGUAGAUGAAUUUUUCUUCACCAGCAUGUGACGAAUGUAGUUCCAAACAUGAAGGUUUUGAGAGAACAUGGACCCAACCUUGCCUUUAUGGAGCCUGCAAAGUUUGCUGAACAUGUCAACUUUAAGGAAAUAGGAACAGUAUCUUUUAGGCUAACGUUCAUCCGGGCAAUUUAUGUGUUAUCAGUAACUAAGAAAUCAACUCGGGAGACAGUCAAUGCUGGAUUUCUUUGAGAGCACGACUGAUUCAGGGAUGUCACUCUUUCUGGAAGUAUCUGUUUUGCAUGGGGCUAUCGGAGGAAUAAAUUACAAGCUCAAUGAAGUUUCUUGUGAAUGAAGUGGUUUGUCAUUGGAUGAUAUAGCUAAAUACCCAGCUUUUCUUGGAUAUAGCUUGAAGCAGUGGAUGAUGCCUAGACGCAAGUUGUCUUCUGUGGAGAACACCAAACCCCAUGUCAACCCUGAAGGAGAUCCUUACUCGGCGACCUGUGGCAGCUACCAUCAGGCUUACUGUGCCGGCUGGAGGGGCACGACCUGCACCACCUGUGGGUCCAGCAUUGGGUCAGUACAGGCUCAACCUAAUGGCCUUCUGCAAGGACUUCAACGCACGAACCCAGAAGUACAAGCCAGACACGCCCAUGGCGGUGACCAUCACAGCCUUCAAAGAUAACACCUUUGAGUUCACCGUCAAAUCUCCCUCUGUGACUUGGUAUCUCAAGAAAGCAGCUGGCAUCGAAUCUGGCAGCAGCCGCCCAGGCCACGUGGUGGCUUCUGCGCUCUCUCUGAAGCACAUCUACGAGAUUGCCAAGAUUAAACAGUCCGAUCCUUAUUGCCAAUACAUGUCUCUUGAAUCUAUUUCCAAGUCUAUCAUUGGCACUGCUAAUACAAUGGGAAUCAAGAUUGUGAAGGAACUAGACUGACACCUCGAUUGUUGCUCCUCUCUAUUCCUAAUGUUUGAAGCAUUCCCUUUCUUUCAUCAAUGUGGAUGAUGUCCUAUUUGAUUUAUGAUAGCAGUGAUUGUGUUCCCUCCUUUAUUGGAACUUGAGAGAAAUGGGAAUGUAAUUUAGUUCAAGCCAUGGUUUUACUUGUAUGCAUAACUGAUAACGGAUGUACUUUUUUUGAGAUGAAGGGUCACUUUUGCUCUCCUAACUUUACUCAAAGAGUCUAUGAAUAUCAUAAAUUUAAUUA